AACUAAUUUAACGGCAGCGUCUUGAAUGAGCCAAUCACAGAAGCCCGUCGUGCGAUUUAAACCGUGACGCAACAAAUUUGAGAAAUUCAAAUCUGAAGCAGAGACGUGCAGAAGUCGAGUCAUUCUUCCAAACAAGUAAUCCACGUUUUCAGCUGGAGGUCUGUUAAAACGUGGAUAAGAUGGCGCAGUUUGGGUUCGAGAACGACAUUCACAGCAUCCUGAAGCUCGACAUGCCGAUCACAAACGCUCCCAUGGCGAGGUGGCAGAGAAAGGCGAGCUCAUCCAACACCUCUGGCCUCAGCGCUUUGUCCCCUGGAAAAUCUGCUAAUGUAUCACUGAGCUCCAAAACACCCACCAAGACACCAGGUAAAGGCAAGAAGACUCCCUCAAAGAUGGGAGGCGAUCGCUUCAUACCCAUCAGGAAUAACAAACAGAUGGACGUCGCAAACUUCCUGCUUACAAAAGAAAAUGAACCAGAUGAUGGAAAAACUACUGUCUCAUCAGAAAGCAAGAAAGCUUGGUCUGUGACACUAAAUGGUUACAACAUUGAGGAUGCAAAGAUCCUGCAUCUUGGAGGGAAGCCAUUGAAUGCGCCAGAGGGUUAUCAGAACAACUUGAAAGUCCUCUACAGUCAGGUUACGACACCUGCCUCUCUCAAAAAGACCAGAUACAUCUCUUCGAAUCCAGAGAGGAUCUUGGAUGCGCCUGAACUUCUAAAUGAUUUUUAUCUAAAUCUUCUUGACUGGAGCAGUCGAAAUUUUGUUGCCGUGGCACUUCAUAACCAUGUGUACCUCUGGAAUGCCGCGUCUGGAGAUAUCCUCCUCCUCAUGAAGCUGGAGCGUGAUGAAGAUUACGUAUGCUCUUUGUCUUGGACCAAAGAUGGAAGCUACCUGGCUGUUGGCACCAGUGACAGCAAAGUUCAGUUGUGGGAUGUCGAGAAUCAGAAGCGCCUGCGCAGCAUGGCUAGCCACACAGCUAGGGUUGGUAGUCUAAGCUGGAAUGAUCACAUUCUUUCCAGUGGUUCCAGAUCAGGACACAUCCACCACCAUGAUGUGAGGGUGGCAAACCAUCACAUCUCCACUCUUGCUGGCCAUUCACAGGAAGUUUGUGGCCUCAAAUGGUCACCUGAUGGGAGAUACCUGGCAAGUGGUGGCAAUGACAAUUUGGUUUGUCUAUGGCCCCGUGUUCAGGAGGGAGGUUCUAACGGUGAGGGCCAGUUCAUCCGCAGCUGGAGCGAACAUCAAGGAGCAGUCAAGGCUUUGGCCUGGUGUCCGUGGCAGUCAAAUGUUCUUGCUUCUGGUGGCGGCACCAGUGACCGUCAUAUACGCCUCUGGAACGUGAACUCUGGCUCCUGUUUCAGUUCACUUGACACUCAGUCCCAGAUUUCGUCACUUGUGUUCGCACCCAAUUACAAAGAAUUGGUCUCUGCACAUGGAUACGCCCAUAACAGCAUUGUCAUUUGGAAGUACCCCUCACUCACAAAGGUUGCAGAGCUUGAUGGUCAUGAGGGCAGAGUUCUCAAUCUUGUUUUAAGCCCAGACUGUUCAACCAUGGCAACGGUUGCUGCAGAUGAAACCAUUCGAAUCUGGAAGGCCUUUGAGAUGGAUCCUGCAAAGAAGAAGGCUAAGGAGAGGAUGGCCAAACCAGCCACCAGCGUCAUUAAUCAGUCAAUCAGAUAGUUUCCUAAAGCGUUGACAUUAUUUAUCAUAUGUUAUCUAAGCAAAUGUUUUUAAAAUGCAAUAAAACUUACAAUCCAGUUCUUUUGACUGUUGGAAAUGUUAUGUGUUUUAAUUUUUUUUAGUCUGUUAAGAGAACUGGUAGAGGUGUGCUUUUUUUCUUUUUCAUUUUAACUAAUAUUUGAGAAAUGUAUAGCUUGCACUGGUUUUAUCACCAUGUUCCCUCUACUAUUGGUAUCAGGAUUUUAAUAAAUUGCAUUUAUGACAUG